UUCCAUUCGUACGUCAAGUCCCCUGCGUGGAUCAAUACGUUAUGCUCUCGGAGAGUUUCAUUGCGUCGACUGUGGCGUCGGGGAAGACCCCGGCGUCUGCUAGUCUGAGAGAUGUCGGAAUCUGCGUGCACGAGUUUCAGCCCACGCUUAAUCUGCGCUCCACCUUCAAGAAGAGCUCGACGGCCGCCAAUUGCCUGGCUGUGAGCCCGUCGCAUGUGUUUGCUGCACAGUCGGAAAAGGCAAUUGUUCACGUAUAUAGCAGGGAGAAAGGCAACCAGGAGGCCACAGUCCCCUUCCCGGAGCGCAUACGUAGUAUCGCACUCGCGGGGGGGAAGAAUGGGGACGUUGUUGUUUUGGGCACAGAAGGUGGCCGUCUUAUUUUGUGGGAGACCUGCACUGGUCGACAAAUAGCAACCACAGCAUCCCAUCUGCGGCCAGUAACCUCCUUGGUGGUCGACCCUACCUCCAACUUCAUCCUCUCCGGCUCAUCUGAUGCGAGCAUCCACGUCUGGUCGCUUGUCGACCUCCUCUCUUUCACAAAACCCCCGUCGGGUCGUGAUCGUCAAGCCCCGAACUCCCCGAUCCGGACCUUCUCGAACCACCGCGCCGCCAUCACCUCUAUCGCCGUGGGCCACAGCGCCGGCAGACACAACAUCGCCGUUUCGAUCGCGGAAGACAGCACUGCAAUUGCAUGGGACUACCGCACCGGCCGUCUUCUGCGCACAUUUCUCCUGUCAGCCAACGCAACGUGCCUGACCCUCGACCCCGUUGACCGAGCGUUCUACGUCGGCUACGCAGAUGGCAGCAUCCAGUCGGUCGACUUCUACAAGAACCAAUCCAUCCAACACUCUCUUCACGACCCCUCUCUGCAUUCCACUCCCGUGCAACCCUCCGCCGAAGACCGAUGGGCGCCCCCCUCCGCCGACAGCGGGGCCGCGCACACGCUCACGCUCUCCUAUGACGGAAUGACACUACUCUCCGGCCACCAGAAUGGCAAGGUCCUAUCAUGGAACGUCGGACGGAAGAAGUACGCCUCGACCGUGGCCGACUACACGCACCCGAUCACGAACCUCAUCAUGCUGCCCCCCAGCGGCCUCUCGUACCCGUCUCUCGACCUCACCCGCAUGUCGCACACCAUCGUCAAACCCCGCUACGACCACACAUUGUCCGAAUCCUCCCAGCCCGCGGGCACCGUCCCGGCGGACUACACCUUCAGCACGCAUCUCCUCCCCUCCAUCUCCUCCGCCUCCUCCACCUCCCGACCCAACCAAUUCACCUCAGCCUUCACGCACGCCUACUUCCCAGAAUCGAUGCUAGAGGAAGGUCUCGCGGAACUGGCCGCUUUCGACCAGGGCGCCACCGGCAGCAACAGCGGAAUCACCGACGAAGAAGCCUUCGCCAAGGACGCGCAGAUCGCGCAGCUGGAAGGCGACCUGGCCGUUCUGAAAAAGAAGGCCUCGAUCCACGAGGCCGCGCGCCAGUCCACGACCGACGAGGUGACGCAGCUGCGCGCCGACAUCGCCAACCUGCACGACUACAUCAACGAGCUGCACGGCAAGCAGGAGCAGGCCCAGCGCGAGAAGAUCCUGCGCCAGGCCCGGAAGGAGGAGCGCGAGACCCGGCGCCGGGAGGCGUGGUUCGCCGCCGAGAAGAAGGGGAGGACGGGCGACGCCGUGCUGAAGAAGAUGGAUGCCGCGGAUACGGUCAUGACGAGCGAUACGGACGAUCAGAGCAGUGAUGAUCAAUGAUUGCUUCCCGCUUGAUUCCUGUGAUUUUUCUGAGAUAUCAUUUCAUGAAAAGGGAAUAUCGAUUUCGAGAUUUCGCGGACCAGGCGCAACGGGAGGUUUUUGUUCUUAGAAAGUGU